UCGGACCUCCGCCGCUCUAGGCCUCUAGCAACACAAAAACUGACCUCAACUCCUCCACCAAGGUGAUUUCAUCCUUGUUUUGAUUGAACUGGGUGAAUGCCUCCAUUACUUCAUUGAUGGAGGAGGGUGCUUCUUCCCCUGUUUGAGUUGAGACCUAUAAUUUAUAACAGAAUGACCAAGUACAAAGGUUAAUAUAGAAAAAGAGAAAAAACAUGACACCAAAUCAUAAACUUCUCCAGAGUUUCAGCUCAAAACUCACCAUCAGUUACUGAGUUCAGUGUCUUAGAAAAAUGUUAGCUAGACAAAGUCAGUCUCUAGUUCCACCAACCGAAGCGUUCAAGUUCCUAAGCUUCUUCACUGGUGUUAGAACAUACACAAAACCCCAUUACAGAAACUCUUACGACUACACAGACCUGCUUCAACUCUGCAGAAACACCAACUCACUCAAGAAACUCCACGCCCAGAUCAUACUAUCAGGCGUACACCAAAACCCAUUCGUCGCUUCAAAGCUAGUAGGCAAGUACGUGGAGCACAGCAGCUCAUGUAUGAAAGAAGCACGGAAGGUGUUCGAUGAAUUGACUGAGAGAGACGUGUUUGUAUGGAACAUGCUCAUUCAGGGCUAUGCAAAUGUUGGGCCUUUUAGUGAAGCAAUCAAAAUGUGUAAUCAAAUGAGGCUGAGUGGUUUACCUCCUAAUCAAUACACGUACCCUUUUGUGCUCAAGGCUUGUGGAGCAAUGAGAGAUGGAAAACAGGGGCGGGUUGUUCAUGGGCAGGUGAUGAAGUCUGGGCUUGAGUUGCAAGUGUUUGUGGGGAAUGCUCUUGUGGCAAUGUAUUCCAAGUGUGGAGAAGUUGAGGUAUCGAGGAGAGUGUUCGAUGAAUUGCCUCAGAAAGAUCUUGUUAGUUGGAAUUCCCUGAUUUCAGGGUAUGCCACGAAUGGUUGUCCGAAUGCAGCUAUUCAGAUAUUUCGUGCAAUGCUGCAGGAUGGUGCUAAUGCAAGCUUACUUGAACAUGCCACUCUGGUUUCCGUGCUCCCGGCUUGUGUUGAUGCAUCUGCUAUUGAAGUGGGGUUUUGGAUUCAUCUUUACGUUGUGAAGUCGGGUAUAGAAAUUGAUUCUGCUUUGGGUAGUGCUCUCGUGACAAUGUAUGCAAAUUGUGGUCGUGUGGGAGUUUCCAGAGUUAUCUUUGAUCGAGUUAGUGACAAGACUGUGGUGCUUUGGAGUACCAUGAUGCGGGGCUAUGGAAUGCACGGGCACACAGAUGAGGUGCUCCAAAUGUUUACGCAGUUUGAGGAGUCCGGCUUAGACCCAGAUGCUGUUAUGUUAUUGUGUUUGUUGUCCACUUGUAGUCACGCAGGGAUGGUUGCCAAAGGCUUGGAAAUCUUCGAGAAAAUGGAAAAGUACGGGGUAGAGAAAAAUGAGAAGCAUUAUGCUUGCAUUGUAGACCUUCUGGGAAGAGCUGGUUUACUUGACAGGGCGGUUACGUUUAUUGAAAGCAUGCCCAUACGGGCAGGGAAAGAUGUAUAUGGUGCAUUACUUGGAGCUUGUAGGAUACACAAUAACAUAAAACUUGCCGAAGAAACUGCGGAAAGAUUGUUUGUUUUGGAUCCUGAAAAUGCUGGGAGGUAUAUUCUUUUGGCCAGCAUGUACGAAGAUGCUGGGCGAUGGGAAGAUGCAGCUAGAGUAAGGAGGCUUAUCAGAGAUAAGAACAUCAAGAAACCUACUGGACAUAGUUCAAUUGAGGUGGAAUGUAUUUAUCACACGUUUGGAGCUGAUGAUGAGUCUCACCCAUAUACGAAUCAGAUAUUCGACACAUUGGAGAGAUUGGAUGGGAUUAUGGAAGAAGAUAUAGACUUAUAG